AUGGCAGCAUCAUGCAUUUUGCGGUCAAAAAGCGCAGGCGCAAUUACCGUCCCGCAAUUCACCGACGCGCUCAGUCGAACAUGGCUCGAAUCGGGUCGUUUUCGCCCUGGGACGACAUCAGCCGUGCCCCGUAGACUAGGCCUAGCUGUCAGUGGGGGAGCAGAUUCCAUGGCCUUGGCAUAUUUAUGCAGGCAAUGGGAGAGACAGAAACAAGCCCAAGCCCGCGGCGUCAAUAACAAUGACAGGGAUGAAGCGAGAGUUACGGCUUUUGUCGUCGAUCAUAAAGCCCGAGAGGAAAGUACCCAGGAAGCAAACACUGUUGCGACCUGGCUUAGAAAACUGGGUAUCACGACCCAAAUCCUCCCGCUAGACUGGACGGGCGUCAGACUUUCUGCGUUUGAAACGCAGGCGCGUGGCUUAAGAUUCCAGGCACUGGGCAAAGCGUGUAGGAACCGGGGUAUUGAAGCAUUACUUUUAGGUCAUCACCAGGAUGACAUCGUCGAGACUACGAUCUGGAGACUUUGCUCCGGUGCCCGCGGUGCAGGACUAGCGGGAAUUGCUCCUCUUGCGAGGAUUCCAGAGUGUCAUGGUCUUCACGGAGUGUCGGGGAGUGGGGAGACCGUCACUGUGGAUGCUGAUGAGUUUGCCCAGUCUCGACAGCAAACCCCAACUCCAAACCAGCUGAGCAGUGCGCGGGUAUCAACAGGCGGAAUCCUCAUCUGUCGACCACUUCUAUCAUUUCCUAAAUCGAAUCUCGUUGCGACAUGUCACGAGAAUAAAGUUCCGUUUGUCUCGGACCGAACGAAUUUCGACCCAACCCUUACGCCUCGAAAUGCGAUCCGCUCGCUUCUAUCGUCUAAUUCUCUACCAUGUGCCUUACAAAAUCCAUCUAUCCUAUCUUUAGUCGACCACAGUCGGAGUUUAAUCCAUGACUCGCUUCGUUUAUCUGAUAGGAUUCUUGAAUCCCAAUGCAGGCUACUUAACCUCCGGUUCGCUUCGGGGUCCAUCACGAUCCAGUUUAAAUCUCCCCCAUAUUCGACCAUGAAGGACCAACAGCAAGAGAUAUCAGCUCAGCGCCUCCACGAACUCCAAUCUCUCACUCUUCGUCGGAUAACAGAACUCGUCUCCCCGUUUCCGGACAACCACUUCUCACUCAGUAGUUUUGAAGGGUUUACCAGCCGUGUCUUCCAUUCUCCCGCAACCACAGAACAAGUAACCGGGGAAGAGAAAACCGAGAAGAAGCAAAGACCAUUUACAUUAGGUGGUGUGCUCUUCCACCCCCUGAAUUCCUCGAAUACCAACCCCCCUACGACGACAUCAACAACUAAUGACGAUGAUGGUGCUGACUACGGGAACACGAGCUGGCUCCUAACCCGCCAACCAUACAUGCGCCGUCGCGAUCCAAUCCUCCACUUCCAUGUACCAAAUCCAACUUCACCAAGAAGUCCAGAACAGGAAUCCUAUAUACACUGGACAUUAUGGGAUAAUCGUUUCUGGAUCCCCGUCCCUACUCGGACACUAUCAGAAAAUAACGAGGAACGUUCCAAAGAAAGCCGAAUCCAGCUUGUCAUUCGUCCUCUCCGUCAAUCGGAUCUAUCCGCCGUCCGUCGCCUGGAUACCAAAAACUCUGGUGUGGCUGCAUUUUUUGCAAGACUAGAUCGAGAAGCUCCGGGGCAAUCACGGUUUACAGUUCCAGUCCUUGCUAUCUCGAAGGAUGGGGCUGACGGCGCUGUGCCACCAGUUGAUGUGCCGUUGGCCUUGCCAACAAUUGAUCUAAUGUUUCCGAGGUUAGAGUCUACGGAUUGGACAUUAACCUGGGAAUGGAAGUAUAAGAUGAUUGACCUUGAAUCAUUAAAGUUAAUGGGGUCAGUAUAA